CUGCCACCGCUCUUGUGCGAAGAGCCACGGCUUGCUCGGUCUCCAGUGCAUCACGGCUGGGUGCAGCAUGUCCCGAAUCCGUCGGGGGCAUCUCGGGCGGUCGACACCAAGGCCGAAAUCCGGCAGCCCCAGGCGAAAGCCUCCAGAGCAGCACUGGCUACCCAUGCUCGCAUACAGUGCGCCGCUUUGUCGAGGCGCUUUGUCUGACGAUGAUCUCGCUUGCCCCGCUCACACUCAAUGGCCAACGCCGCCUGUGCCGAUUGGGAUUCUGUGUGUCUGCACUUCGAUCUCCAGGAUCGCCUUGAGCGAUACGAAACCUCCAUCAACAGCCUCGUCGAGCUCAUUCCAGCACAGUAUUACAUCCACCCGACAGACAAUGAAGUUGAGUCAAAAUUCAUGCACAACAAGAAAGGCAAGGCCCCAAAGCAGGCUGUAAAGGAGGCCACCAAGAAGGCAAAGAAGCUCAAGCUCGAUCCCGACAACCAAGUAUCGAUGGAGCAAGCUCAAAAGGCGCGCGCAGCCCGACAACAGGCCGAGUCCGAAAAUGCUCUGGAUGAUGAUGAUGAUGAUGAUGAUGAUGAGGACGAUGACCAUGACGAGGACGACGAUGGCGAUGAAGACCAGGAGGAAGGUCAGGAGGACGACGAGGGCGAAGAUGAGACCACCAAUAUCCGUCAUAGUCAAGACAUGAAACCUAUGGCCCGGAUUGGAAUUGCGGAGCUCAAGAGCAAGCUGCAGUCACGCAUCGCUGAGCUGCGUGCAAACCGAAAGGCACCCCCGAGCGAGCCUCUGCCGGAUGGCACCAUAGCCAAGGGGCGGCUCGAAGUGCUGGAGCGGCGAACCAAGCGAAAACGCGAGAAAGAAGAGGCCUCUAAAAAGGAUUCCCAGAAGAAGCCACAGGAUACAGUUGGCAUGCGGGUCGAGAGCACCGAACCGGCCGAGAAAUCAAAGAAGGGUGGACUCAAGGAGCAGCUUUCGUUUGGCACGCUGGAGUUUGGCGAUGGCAACAGCAAGAAGCAGAACGCAGAUGUCUUCAGCCAGCUGAAGAGGAUCGAGAACAAGAAGGCGAAGCUUGAACAGCUCAAAGAGGCCGAUCCCUCAAAGGCAGAGCAAGUCCAAGAGACCGAAAAAUGGAAGCGGCUAAACCAACUAGCACAAGGACAGAAGCUCAAGGACGAUCCCACCCUGCUCAAGAAAACCAUCAAGCGCAUCGAGAAGCAAAAGACAAAGUCUACCAAGCAAUGGGGAGAGCGCAAGUCCACGGUCCGGAAACAGCAAUCUGACAAAAUCGCCAAGCGCGAGCAGAACAUCAAAGCACGGAUGGAGGGCACGAAAGCCAAGGGAGCAAAGGGCAAGAAGCGGCCAGGAUUCGAGGGCGGUCUCAAGAAGAAGAAGUGAGCCGUGGCGCUUCGCUCAAUACACAAAUCCCAUUCUUGCACACUCCCCGCGAUUGGCACAAGUAUGACAGGCACCACGCGGGUCUUAUUGCUGCAUACGUCCUGGGAUCAUACGGCUUUAGUGUUUCGAAAUGGUCAUCAGCCAAAGUUCAUGCAGCGAGCUCAUUGGCCAUGCGGGAUCCACCAACUGGUCGUUUUCGAUGUGGCCC